AUGAAAUUUCCAACACCUCGCAGGCCCCAGCUACUGGUGCCCCAGAGCGAAUCGAGCUUCAUGCGCGGCAACGUGCGGUGGACGAACAAAGACCUUGACCCCGUUCCUCCUGCCCUGCGGAAAUGGACGGUCCUCAGCUUCAUCGGGUACUGGAUCUCCGACUGUUUCUCCGUCGCAAACUGGCAGCUGGCGAGUAGUAUCAUUGCCAUCGGACUUUCCUGGAAAGAGUCGCUGGGGAUGGUCGCUCUCGGCUUCUUCAUCCUGUCCAUUGUUAUCGCCAUGAAUGGUGCUGUUGGCGCCAUAUAUCAUGUCCCGUUCCCCGUCAUUGCCCGCGCCAGCUGGGGGUUCUGGGGUUCCUAUGUUCCCAUCGUUUCGAGGCUUAUCCUGGCAGUCUUCUGGUUCGCGACGAAUAGUGUCAACGGCGGUAAUUCCGUUGUUGUCAUGCUAGGAGCCAUCUGGCCGAGCUUCCUCAACAUCCCCAACGGCCUGCCCGAGGGCGAAGGCAUCACAACACAGGGCAUGGUCGGCUUCCUCCUCUUCUGGCUCUUCCAGAUCCCCUUCCUCCUCGUGCAUCCGAAUCAGCUCCGCUGGCUAUUCCUCUUCAAGUCGAUCAUCGUACCAGCAGCCUGGACAGCCAUGCUCAUUUGGGCCUUUGUCGCGAUCCCAAAUGGAGGCGACCUCUUCGCGCAACGCAGCGAGCUAUCCGGCCCAUCAUACAGCUGGGCAAUGAUGUCGUCUCUGACAGCCGUCAUUGGAAACUACGCCACCCUCAGCGUGAACCAAGCUGAUUUCUCCCGAUAUUCCUGCGUCAGUCCGCGAUGGCAUAUCCUCUACGUCUUUCUUCUUCCAGCAUUCUUCACCUUCAUCGCCUUCAUCGGGAUCGCCGUCUCAUCCGCGGGACAGGCAAAAUACAACACUGCCUCCAUCCCCUGGGACCCAAAUGUCCUCGUAAGCCUAUGGGGCAGUCGCGCAUGUCGCUUCUUUGGCGCAUUCUCGUUCGCGCUGGCGGCACUGGGCUCGAACAUUUCGGCCAACUCGCUAUCCGCCGCGAAUGACUUUGCGGCGCUCGCGCCGCGCUACCUGACAAUCCGCCGCGGCCAGAUCCUCUGCGCCGUGCUAGCCUGGGCCCUUGUCCCCUGGAAGAUCCUCGCCUCCGCAGGCACAUUCCUCAACUUCAUGUCUGCGUACGCAAUCUUCCUCGGGCCCAUCGCUGCAAUCAUGGUGUGUGAUUUCUGGGUCGUCAAGAGCCGGAGAUACGACUGCGUCAUGCUGUAUCAGCCCCGUGGAAUAUAUCGGUAUACAGCCGGGGUUAACAUCCAUGCACUCGUUGCUUUCAUCGUGGGCACGACGCCGAGUCUCCCUGGGUUGAUCCAUUCUGUGAAUUCGGGGAUUGAGAUUGGCGUUGGCGUGCAUCCGUACGAGUUUGGGUGGCUUUUGGGGUUCGCUGGGAGUGCCGUGGUGUAUUUGGGGCUGGAUUAUUGGUUUCCGUAUCCUGGGGCCAAGAUACCCGUGGCUGUUCUUGUAGAUGAUGUACUGGAUGCGGCUGGGCAUGAUGAGAGUGAGAGUGUUGAGAGGGAAAAUGUCACGAAUGACCAGGAAAAGGGGCAAGAGGGAAUAUGCAAGUGA